AUGGAAUCAAGCCCUUUAUCGCAGUGGCCCAAAACCGAGCUUAACCGGCCAACGGCUCCUAGCCACCAUGAUCUUGACUGUACAGUUAUGCACUCUGUAGGCUUGGACACGCAAAGUUCAGGCACCUCUGCACCGAACAGUCAAGUCGGCUGCAAGCCAGGCCCUGAUGAAUCAGAGCUCGCCGCUUCCGCUCGGACAGACUUCAGUAAAAACAGCUCCGUGGAGACAGAAGAUGCCGCCAAGGCGAAGAAAAGUGCUCCCCAUCGGCGCGUCUCCUUCGCUGACCAGUGGGGAAAACGACUAGUUGAAGUAGCUUUCAUCUCGCCUAGGAUCCACCACAUGAUUUAA